GGGCAGGUUGUGGGGGGGGCGUGUGUUCCUAUUGCACAAGCGCUCCCAUGUUGCGUAGUCUGGAAACCUGACGUGGAGCGCAGCCGAGCUGAGCGUUGAGUGACUGAGUUGCGGCAGGGCAGAUCACAAGUGCCUGUGGCCGCGCUCCCCCUGCUCGCGCACUCCUCUCCGGACCGACUGAGUCGCACGAGACUGGCAACACGCUCCGACACCGGUCGGCUGGCCGCUGGUGACCCGAGGAUCCCACUUUUGACGAACAGACUCGGGCUCCGCUGGCAGGAAAGGUGGAACUAAACUACAUUCAUUGACUUGAGAGAGAUGCGCUGGCAGCAUGGCCAAGUGGUUCAAGGAGCACCUAGGAUUCAAAACUACCAAAGCACCCCCUCCGGCGCCUCCGAAACCGGACUACAGACACUGUCACACCGGUGUGCCCGGUGCGCCUGGCUACCAACAAACAAGCUCCGGGGCCACCUUCCCGAGCCCCGCUCAACCGGACAUCCUCGCUGCUUACAAACUACAAAAGGAACUGGACUUCGAGGACCCGUAUACUCCAGGUGGAAAUAUUUCAUUUGGCUCGAGCUUGAACAGUGUGGGGUCGCCGGAUAUCAAGUAUGUGUCACCAAAACACCGACUUAUCAAGGUGGAAACAAUCGAAAAGAGCAGCCCAGCUCCAGGCGGGGGUGUCACAGUCACCCAAGCUGUUGCUGUAGGGAGUGUUAAAUCUCCCACUUCACCUCCCUCGGACCACGACAACAAGGAGAAGCUCAUAAUCCUCGAAGACUAUGCGGACCCUUUCGACGCUGAGCAGGCUGGUGGCACUCAGACCAGCACGGAAAAAGUGCAGACCACCGAGAACGAUGGCUACAUGGAGCCAUAUGAAGCCCAGAAGAUGAUGGCAGAAAUACGAUCUGGGGGGCGAGGACCUAAGGAAGGACCAGGGAGGCAGCUGCCCCUGUACGACACGCCGUAUGAGCCAGCCGAGAACGGCGGAGACUGUGACCCUGACAUGCGCUGCCCCAGAGAGAGUCGGCUGCCCCAGGAUGACGAGCGACCCCCUGAGGAGUAUGACCAACCCUGGGAGUGGAAGAAAGAGAGGAUUUCCAAAGCCUUUGCAGUAGAGAUUAAAGUGAUCAAGGACCUACCGUGGCCCCCUCCUGUUGGGCAGCUCAACACCAGCCCUCCCCUGGUGGAGGAGCUGGAGUCUCCCUCCCAGACAGCUCAGCCCUCGCCAGGACAGACGAGCUGUGACCAGCACCACCAUGUCCAGUUUGAUGCUGUGGAGAAGUCUCGAAUGUCGCCUACCAAGGAUGGGAAAACCCGCCCGCUGCAGCGACACUCCAGUGGCUGUCUGGUCAACACCAAAAUGACUUCACUGGACCACUGCAGCUCCUCUCUCGGGGAGCGCAUUGACCCCACCAUGCCCCUGGAAAGCCAGUUCUGGUACCAUGGAGCGAUCAGCCGAACAGAUGCAGAGUCUCUGCUCAGGCUGUGUAAGGAGGCCAGCUACCUGGUGAGAAACAGCGAGACCAGCAAGAACGACUACUCCCUCUCCCUGAAGAGCAGCCAGGGCUUCAUGCACAUGAAGCUGUCGCGGACGAAGGAGAACAAGUACAUCCUGGGCCAGAACAGCUGCCCGUUUGACAGCGUGCCCGAGAUCAUCUAUUUCUACUCCAGCCGCAAGCUGCCCAUCAAGGGUGCCGAACACAUGUCCCUGCUCUACCCUGUAGCCAUCAGGACACUAUAGUGCUCUGGGUCACCUGCAGGCGUUAGCCCCUGCAGUACCCACUGGGUCACCCUGUGGCUUCACACUUCCUGUCCUUCUGGUCAAAGCCCAGGAGGCUCAUGGGAAGAUGAACAGUGGCAUCCCGAAACUGCUGAUCCUAACUCACCUCACUGGCCGACGGAUUCCAGACCUGCUUUGAAGGCCUACUGCAAACUAACUACACAUUACAGACUCAAUGUUGCAGAAGUCUUUAUUAUUUUAUUUUAUUUAUGACAGACGCCCACUUCAUUACAUCACAGACUGACUAUCUGAUGAACAUCAUUUUAUUGAUUCUUGAGCUGAUUUCCCUUAGCACUUAACACUCAAAGAGAAAGAAAGGUACAACAUUGUAACAUUUGUCACUGGGGUGUAACUUUUCUCAUAAAAUGUUGUACCUUUUUCCUAAAAGUGCACAUUAUGAAAAUUGUGUAUGAACAAAUAUUGUUCGAUUUUGCUCAUUUACUCUCUUGAUACUGUAAUUUCUUUGUAAGGGAACUUAAAGAUUGUAAGAGCCGAGUGAGGGAAGCAACAUUUACGAGGCCUGUUGAGGAAUAUUGUCCACAUGGGCCCCAUACAGUGGUCAGGAUAUUGAAUAAACUGGCCUUGUAUGAAUAGUGUGUCCCCAGCUGCGCGGAAAUAACAGGCCUGUGAGCAGUGCACACUGAUCUCUCUAUCUUGUCAUAGUACAUGCUGUCUGCUAUCCAUCACUGAGUGGGUGUAUCACACCAAUGACGGUGUAAGUACCAUACUGGUGAGACAGGCAGGAGAUCAUGAUGGAUGGGUCAACUCAUCUGACACAGUACAAUUGGCUGAGGCGAGAGACCAGAGCCUGUCCAAAUGGACCAAAUUGGCCCCCGCUACCCCUCUUUAGAAUGGCUUUGCAUCGGGAGAAUGAAAUAUGCCUGCAUUGUCUACCUCAGAAAAUCAAUUUCAUUCGCCCAUCUGCAGAUCAAUAGGUACCAAGGGAUUGCAGACAUCGAUCUGCCCUCCCUUCGACAUUCCCAAUUCCCUUAAAAUUGCAUCAUCGGUUUUUAGGAAUAUGUCUUUUGAAUACACUUAAUCCAAGAUUUCUUUUUUAUGAAAACACAAGGAGAUUUUCCAGAUCAGCAAUUGUAUGUAUAGUCACUAUGAUACUGUGUGAUGUCAGUAACAAAUGUUUGGUUAAUGCCUUAUAAUGCAUGGGUCAAAUCAGUCCGCUAGAUCAGCUGAUUUCCAGUUCUGCUUUUAACGAUUGUUCUGUGACUGUAAUUUAUUCUGGGGUAAUUAUUACUGAUGUGUUACUCCUUUGUGAUGGCCCGUCGGCCCCCAUUGUUCUGUGCCGAUGUGAUCGUGUUUUUUGGGACUACUCCAGCCUCUUCUACUGUGGUGCUUUGCAUUUUUGUUGUUUCAAGUUCUGCUAAAUGCACGUUUGCCUCAGUGGCCUGACUCUGGGACACGAGUCCCGGCGUCUCCUGACCAACGGGAUUGUCAAGCCUCACGUGAGAGACGAUCGCAUAUUCUCCCCCGGACCAAUCACAGCGCAGCCUGUUCGAACCGGAAAGAAACGCCUACCUUCAGCCUGUCAUGCUUCCUCGUUAAAAUCUCUACCAUCUACCCGUUACUACCAGAUGUGCAUACAUGUGUGAAUGAGUGAGUAUGCAUGUGUCCAACCUGUCCAACAUGUGUACGGUAUGUGUACGCAUAUGAGAAUGUGUGCACACACCCUUCUGAGUUCUAGUGUUUUUACCCUGCUGGUACAAACUGGUGACAGCCCUCGCUUCAACCUCUUUGGUUGUCGACACCUUUUUGUUUUCUUCCUGAACUCAAGAAACUAGAAUUCAGCCCAAUGACUCAAUUUCUUCUUGUAUUUUCUUAUUAACCACAUUUUGUUUUACCAACUCGUAGCACUGACCUGUCCUGUGGCCUGCUCUUUGCAGUUUAUUAUAACAAUGAUGUGUCAGCGCACAACAUGUACUGCAUGUACAACAUGUACUGCUGCAGACCAGUAACAAGAAGAGGCUGAGGCAGUGCCUAAUGCUUGUAACAAGCUGCCUCUUCAGAGGAAACCUUUGUCGGUCUUAUGAGUUGAAAGAAAUGUGGUUUGAUCAGCAAAUCCCUGUAGAAAUGGACAUUUCUGUGGGGCUUUAAUCCAGAGUGAAGAUAACUGACACUAGGAGUUAGAAACAGACUUAAGCAAGCAUAACCACUGUAAAUACAAAGUCCAAUACAUGUUGGCUUUGACUCCGCUGUGUGCUAUGCAACUAUAAACUGCAGUCAUUGAAGGGAAAAUUAUUGGUGUGUGUGUGUGUGUGUGUGUGUGUGUGUGUGUGUGUGUGUGUGUGUGUGUGUGUGUGUGUGUGUGUGUGUGUGUGUGUGUGUGUGUGUGUGUGUGUGUGUGUGUGUGUGUGUGUGUGUGUGUGUGUGUGUGCGCCUCCACCAAAUGUUUAUGACAAAUGUGAUGGUACAAGAUGUCCACCAGGAAGAGAUGUAAUCAGCACAGAGACCUGAUUCGUUACAGAGAAUAGUUUGCAGGAAGUGGGACGUACACGGACCUUUAUUUUGUUGGAGCAGUAAGUGAGCAGACGGAUGUUGCUGCCAUCAGAUCGGUAUGUCAUAUGAGGGUGUCUGUUUAUGUGAUGAGGCAACCUCUGCAGCUUUAUUAAGCAAACGUAUGUUGUCGAAGUGGACCUAUGUAUUUUCUUGAGAAAAGAUAUCCUAAGAAGAAAUGAAAUAAACUAUAUGUGUGAUGUAUCCUUUAAGUUCCGAAUGUUCCCUGUUUAAGAGAUGAGAUGUUGUCAGUAGAGGCUCUUUAUUUAGUUACUGCUGCUGCUGAUGAGUAUUACUCUACUAGAGGGAAGAGCCUGCGUAUGGCGGCCGCACUGCCUAGAGAGAGGCCUUAGCUAUCUGGAGAAAGGGGGAAGUGAGAAUAAGGGGGAGACAGAGGGGAGGGUGUUCUGACGGGGGGAGGGAUUUGCUGCAAUCAGCAGACACACUCUUCACAUUCGUAUAUUUCUAUCAUGAGAACCUGAAAGAGCCCUUCUCCUCCCUUUAGAAGUGUCUUAAAGUGAGUGUGUUUGUGUGCGUGUACACACAAUUGUGCAUGCAUGAAACAGUAUUUGUGUGAGUGUGAGUGUGUACUGGUGUAAGCAACCAUUGACUUGUCCCGUGUGUAUCCUGUGUAUCACUUUACCGUGGUAAAGUGGCAUGUGUGAGUUUCCUUUGUGUACAUUUCCGUGCCACGUAUGUAUGCACUACUAUAACAUAUCUCUGUACAGUCCCUCAUGGCCAAAUGUAUAUACUGAAUGUAAUGUAUGGGGACAAGAGGCAUCAAGGUUCAAAAGAAAUAAAAAAAAUGGGUUUAUGAGUUAAUGUGUGA